UGGUGUCCCUUUACAACCACCUACAUACAAUCUGAUCUGCUAAAAACAAACAAAUGAUCACAUUGCAGUUAGGAGCAGGGGCGGACUGACAAAUCAUGGGGCCCCCGGGAAAUAGGGGAUCAUGGGGCCCCUGUGUCCUUGCUCAAAACUCAAAAAAGCCUAUGAAAAAGAUACCAGGGGCAUCUCAUGGGGCCCCCUACUGACCCCGGGCCCUCGGGCAGUGCCCGAGUUUCCAAAUGCUCAGUCCGCCCCUGGUUAGGAGUA